AUGGAACAGGUGCGAGGGCGCACAGCACAGGUGCAGCCGACCCACAGCCAGGCAGUGACGAACAGCGUACACCAGAACAUCUUCAAGGGAAUUUUCCUCUUCUUCGCUCAGGACAGUGGCGGGACCAACUUAUGCUUUCAUGGCCACCGCGCCAUCGAGGCGGCUCACCGAUCUAACCCAAAGAGCCUAGAGGCCUCUGCGAUCUUCACGCCACCUCUUAACUGCUUCACAUGCCUUCCGAGCUUGCUCUGGGUCCACCUGGCGGCGGCCCAUGCUUAUCAUCAGCAAAACCAGCAAAAUACCGAAGAUGGCCCGCGUCGGCGGUGGGUGGUGCUGCUGCUGCUGUAUCUCGUCGCUGGAUCCUCUGAUUGCGACGCUGAAGUGCUCAAACGAAAGCUCUACAAAAGGCUCUAGGGGCUCCGUGCCUGUAUCAACUGCAUACCCCCAUUUGAAAAAAUGUGGUUGUUAAUACCCGGGUGGUUGGUAAUACCCGCCAAUGCAAAUGCUAAUGUCGAUAUUUUUCACUGCAGUGCCCAACACAGACGAUCGGGAGAGAUUCGGGUGAUUGUCAGUUGCUGCUAUGAUGGCUUUGGUUGGUUGUUCUUUUUCACUAUACGGCCGCAGACACAUUCUGACAGCACUUCAGACAGCAGCUUUGUGCCCCGCCAGCUGCUUGUUCCAUGCCUACCAUGGUGUUUUUGUACAGACAGCAUAUUCAGACAGCAGUAUGCUGUAGUCGGCAAUCUUCCGUUUUGAUAUAGAGUGGGACAGGGAGGGGGUGAUGCUACUGUAGUCGAACGGUGGGACGGACGUGCAGUUCAGUUUUUGGGCACGCAUACGGUGCUGCAGGGAUUCUUAGGUGUAGUACCUCUUCGGGCUCUUGGAUACCUUU